GCGGAGCCAAGAUGGCGGCGGGCUGGCUAUGGCGGCGGCUCUGUCAGGGAUCAGCUUUUCCUGUCAGUUAUGCAAGCAGAAUUAUGCAAAAGCAGUAUUUUCUUCCGAGCUCCACCUUGAUGGGAGCACGGCUGGCUGGAUCCCAUGGUGAUACACAGGAGCCCAAGACUAAUCCUUUGGUGUCUAUUUCAGAUGAGCCAGAAACACUGUACAAGAGAUUGUCCAUUUUAGUUAAAGGCCACGAUAAAGCUGUGUUGGACAGCUAUGAAUAUUUUGCAGUGCUUGCAGCUAAAGAACUUGGCAUCUCUGUUGAAAAAGUAGAUAAACCCCCGAAGACGAUAGAGAGAUUUACACUUCUCAAAUCUGUACACAUUUACAAGAAGCACAGAGUUCAGUAUGAAAUGAGAACACAUUACAUGUGUUUAGAGUUAAAAUACCUAACAAGCAGUACUGCUGCAGUUUACUUGGAGUAUGUGCAACGAAACUUACCUGAAGGGGUUGCCAUGGAAGUGAAAAAGACUAAGAUAGAGAAAAUACCAGAACACAUUCAGAAACCUGUUUGGGAUACACUACCUCAAGUAAAAGAAACUGAAGUAAAGUCAUGAACACACCAGGUACUUGGCUCCAUUAGUACUGAAAUUCAUUGCUCCUAUCAACCUCAUUUACUGAGACAGUCCAUUGUUAAAUAAAGGUUCUCUUAUAAAGAAAUUGUAUAAACUCUUGUUCCAUCAAGUUAUUUUUGCUCAUAACUCCAGUACACUGAACUGCUAUAAAGAGAAGUUUUACUGUGUUCUGUGAUCAGUGACUGUGGUAAUUUAUAAUAAAUUUGUAGAAAGGUAAAGUUUAUUUUUACUUAUAUAUGUAAAAGUAUGUGUAUAUAUACAUAAAUAUAAAUUCAUCACCUCCUUUUGAUACUAGACGGCUUCUGCAUGCUGAAAUUCUUCCAAAUCCACUUCACGUUUGUGUCAUGUUUAAUAUUAUGGAUGCCAGACUGUUAUCAAUUUAUCAAUUUUGGAUAAACUAGUUUGUUGGAUAAACUAUUUCCCAUCUUCUCUUCAUGUACCUAUACCACAUUUCUCCAUUUUUGCUUCCUGCCACAUUUCUUAGCAAGUGCCAACAGCACCACUCCCAUCAUUGCUUUAGGUUUUCUCUCAAGUAAUCUUCCUUCCUCCUGACCAACUCCUGAUUUUUCAGUCAGAAGAUUUGUAGUUGCAAUAAAUACCCCAUGCUUCAUACUGUUUAUAGA